AUGACAGAGACGCUCGCCCUCGGGCGCUCCAAACGAUCCACCGCGGGGAAUCGGAUGCGGGAGCUCCUUGAGAAGGCUCACCAGGAAGAUGAGGAUGAGCUGUUUCGCGAAGUAGAGGAUGAUGAGGAGUUUGCUGCGCCCCAGGAGACGAGGGAUGUUUUCCUGGAGGACUUUGCGGAUACGGACGAGGAGGUGGAGAUGGAUGAAGAGGAGCAGGAGCGGUUGAUGCGGCGCGAGGAGCGGCGCAAACUUGAGCUUCUCGACCCACUCCUCGACCCAGACUCCAUGGCUCCUUCUACCCUCGUCCUAGCUCUCCGGAAGCAGCGACGCGAAGCGAAACGCGCUGGCCGGUCCGAGGUCCGCCGCUCCAAUCUCCGCGCCAGCACACUUCGCACAGAAGAGGAGAUUCUAGCGAAAGAGCGGCAAGUCAAGGAGAAUCCAAACAAGAAGGGACGGAAGGCGUUACAUGAGGGUGGAGAAGUGAGGGGUGUGAGGGCAAUGACGCAGGAUGAGCUGAUUGCUGCUGCGCUAGAAGAGGAGGAGAGGAACAAAGAGUCGUUGAGGGAUUGGUUGAGGCGGGAGGAGGAACGAAGGGAAUUGAGAAGGGUGGGGAGGAAGAGAGUCAAGGGACCUAGAUGGACAUGGGUCAGUCGGACGGUCGGAAAGGUGGUGGAAGUAACGACAACGGGACAACAUCCCUCCGACACGUCCGUUCCUGCUCCAGCAUCACAGGCCGGCGCACCUAACGGUCUCGCUGCUGGCUACCCCGCUUCGGCAUCCGCGCCGAUCGCCGCAACAAGUGUACCCUCAGCACCCAUCACCGCACCCCCUGUACCCCUUGCCACAAGUACCGAUCCCCUAUCCGCGCCCGAACUUCCCUACACCCGAAACUACCUCAUCCUCUCCCAAGUCCCCGGCGGUCUCCCCGCCGAGUUCUCUCUGAUUCUCGGCGAGCACACCGAUUGGUCCAGUACCAAACACGUUCCCGCACGGAAUCGCCCACUCACCCGUCGUCCACCCACAUGCCCAUUCACAGGCCUACCAGCCAAGUACAGGCAUCCUCGGACUGGCGUGCAGUACGCGACGAAGGAGGGGUACAGGCUCAUUGAGGAGAUGCUGGCCAAUGAGUAUGUGUGGAAUGAGACUGCGGGAUGGCUGGGGAGGGAGGAUGAGGGAUGCGAGGAUGUGGAAGGGUGGAUGGAGGCUGUCGGCGGUAGAUGGAGGGGCGGGGAGCCAGUCGCGCCGGAAAGACCAGAGGGAGGUGAUGUGGAGAUGGAGGAACAGGAGGUGAUUGUGGUUGAGGAAGCUCCGAAGAAGAAGCGAGGGAGGAAACGAAAGGCGGAUGUUGAAGCCGAGCUCGCAUAA